GGGCAGCGCCCAGGUGACCCCGGGGACUCCAUUCUGCCUCCUCACCACAGGUGCUUCCACCCAGAAUUCUAACACUGUGGAGCCAGAGAAACAGGUGGACAACACCGUGAAGAUGGCUGGUGUGAUCGCUGGUCUGCUCAUGUUCAUCAUUAUUCUUCUGGGUGUGAUGCUCACCAUCAAAAGGAGAAGAAAUGCUUAUUCCUACUCCUAUUACUUGAAGCUGGCCAAGAAGCAGAAGGAGACACAGAGCGGAGCCCAGAGAGAAAUGGGACCGGUGGCCUCCGCUGACAAACCCACCACCAAGCUCAGUGCCAGUCGCAACGAUGAAGGAUUCUCCUCUAGUUCUCAGGACGUUAAUGGAUUCACAGAUGGCAGCCGUGGGGAGCUCUCCCAGCCUACCCUCACAAUCCAGACUCACCCAUACCGGACCUGCGACCCUGUGGAGAUGAGCUACCCCCGAGACCAGUUCCAGCCUGCCAUCAGGGUGGCUGACUUGUUGCAGCACAUCACCCAGAUGAAGAGAGGCCAGGGCUACGGAUUCAAGGAGGAAUAUGAGGCAUUACCAGAAGGACAGACAGCAUCAUGGGAUACAGCCAAGGAGGAUGAAAACCGCAAUAAGAAUCGAUAUGGAAACAUCAUAUCCUAUGACCAUUCCCGGGUGAGGCUGCUGGUGCUGGAUGGAGACCCACACUCUGACUACAUCAAUGCCAACUACAUUGACGGAUAUCAUCGACCUCGGCACUACAUUGCAACUCAAGGUCCGAUGCAGGAGACGGUAAAGGACUUUUGGAGAAUGAUCUGGCAAGAGAACUCUGCCAGCAUCGUGAUGGUCACAAACCUCGUGGAAGUGGGCAGGCACCCAGCGGAACACACUGUGGGAAAUGCCACUCUAGGCCGUGCGGCGUCUCCCGGAAUGGUGAAGUGUGUACGAUACUGGCCAGAUGACACGGAGGUCUACGGAGACAUUAAGGUCACCCUGAUUGAAACAGAGCCUCUGGCAGAAUAUGUCAUACGCACCUUCACAGUUCAGAAGAAAGGGUACCAUGAGAUCCGGGAGCUCCGUCUCUUCCACUUCACCAGCUGGCCUGACCACGGAGUCCCCUGCUAUGCCACUGGCCUUCUGGGCUUCGUCCGCCAGGUCAAGUUCCUCAACCCCCCAGAAGCCGGGCCCAUAGUGGUCCAUUGCAGUGCUGGGGCUGGGAGGACCGGCUGCUUCAUUGCCAUUGACACCAUGCUCGACAUGGCCGAGAACGAGGGUGUAGUGGACAUCUUCAACUGUGUGCGUGAGCUCCGGGCCCAGAGGGUCAACCUAGUUCAAACAGAGGAGCAAUAUGUGUUUGUGCACGAUGCCAUCCUGGAAGCGUGCCUCUGUGGCAACACUGCCAUCCCAGUGUGUGAGUUCCGCUCUCUCUACUACAACAUCAGCAGGCUGGACCCGCAGACCAACUCCAGCCAAAUCAAAGAUGAAUUUCAGACCCUCAACAUUGUGACGCCCCGUGUGCGGCCCGAGGACUGCAGCAUCGGGCUCCUGCCCCGGAACCAUGAUAAGAAUCGGAGCAUGGAUGUGCUGCCUCUGGACCGCUGUCUGCCCUUCCUCAUCUCGGUGGAUGGAGAAUCCAGCAACUACAUCAACGCAGCACUGAUGGACAGCCACAAGCAGCCCGCCGCCUUCGUGGUCACCCAGCACCCUCUACCCAACACCGUGGCGGACUUCUGGAGGCUGGUGUUCGAUUAUAACUGCUCCUCUGUGGUGAUGCUGAAUGAGAUGGACACUGCCCAGCUCUGUAUGCAGUACUGGCCUGAGAAGACCUCUGGGUGCUAUGGACCCAUCCAGGUGGAGUUCGUCUCUGCAGACAUCGACGAGGACAUCAUCCACAGAAUAUUCCGCAUCUGUAACAUGGCUCGGCCACAGGAUGGUUAUCGCAUAGUCCAGCACCUUCAGUACAUUGGCUGGCCUGCCUACCGGGAUACACCCCCCUCCAAGCGCUCUCUACUUAAAGUGGUCCGACGGCUGGAGAAGUGGCAGGAGCAGUACGACGGGAGGGAGGGUCGCACUGUGGUCCACUGCCUAAAUGGAGGAGGCCGCAGCGGAACCUUCUGCGCCAUCUGCAGUGUGUGUGAGAUGAUCCAACAGCAAAACAUCAUUGAUGUGUUCCACAUCGUGAAAACAUUGCGGAACAACAAAUCCAACAUGGUGGAGACCCUGGAACAGUAUAAAUUUGUAUACGAGGUGGCACUGGAAUAUUUAAGCUCCUUUUAGUUCAAUCAAUGGGAUGAGGAACCGGCUGGAGCCCAAAGGCUGCUGCAGCCCAGCCCCCUUUUCUGUGAAUGGCAGUGACUGGGCUCACAGGCUCCCAGGUGGCAUCCUGCCUGACUUCAAGAAGAAGAUUGGUGGUCCCAUGUUCCGCAGGGGGCUCUACCCCUUCUGAGGGGUCUCCUGUAGCCAUGGGAGUUGCUGCUCCAAAUGGCUCAGUCUUCCCUUCCAACCUAACCAACCACAGCACCAGGCCCAGGCAGAAGUGCAUCCACAAGCAAGGCCUCGGAUUAUUGGUCCCCAGAUCUCUUGCUUUCAUUCUUCCUGAGUUUAUGGAUCUCAUGGCAAGCUAACUGUGCAGGUGCUGGGGAGUGGGAAGCUCAGCAGCACCUCUUCUGCCCUCCUUCUCCUAGGGAGUGGAGGAGAUGUGUGUUCUGCUCCUCCACAUCAUGGAAAAGAUUGGGGCUCUUGAGGUCACUGCUUUGCCCCUGCAACCUCCUUUGGGGGCCUCAGGCACCAGAUACCUACAGUCUGGACCGGUGUGACCCCAGGAUGCUCCCUAGGGCACAGCAGAGGCCCCCCAUCCUCACACCUAACCUGCAUGGGGCUUGGCCCACAACCAUUCUGUACCCCUCUCCUAGCCCGGGGCUUGACCGUCCGGCAUACAUUGGCCGGCCUGCUGUGUCCACAGCACUCUUUGAUAAAGGUGUUCUUUGCUUUUUUGUGUGUGGUCAGUGGGAGGGGGUGGAACUACAGGGAACCUCACUGUUCAUCCUUGUCUUUAUAAAAAGGGACCGCUUCCCUGGGACAAGGCUCUGGCUGACCUGUAGGAUGUAACUCCUGUGUCUCCUUGGUGGUAGCUUCCUUUGGAAAAGAUGAAAAUGAUGAGACUUGAUUAUUUUCCAAAGUGUAUGUGAAAAGAAACUUUAUUUUGGGGAGUGUAAAAUUUUCGUCUCUUAUGUCAAAAAAAAAAAAAAAAAAAAAAGGAUGGGGGGAGUUUGAGUGUAUAGCUCUAACACAAAUCUCUCAGACACGUUAUCUUCCCUGGCAAUGUCCUUAAAGGUCCCACCCUGGGACUGCGCCACCAUUGAGCAAGGUCUAGAUGGCCUAGUCUGAAGGUGGUUCCUUUGGUUUCUCAGGCAUAUAGAUCACCAGUUUUGUGCAUAAUAUAGAUCACUAAAUUCAAACUCCUUCCUAGAGAAAGAAACCCAGCUGCCACCUUGAAAAAGGCCACUGUGGAGCCAGUUACACUUUGAUUUAAAAUAGACCAAGGGAAUGAGGACUCAGGACCUAGGGUCUUGUCUAAAGUGUGGAUGAGUUAACGAGAGAGAACCAACAUUUGCUAAGUCUCGACUUAGGGAUCAUGACUAGUUGCAUAUGACACCUCUCCUAGUCCUUAGAACCCCCAGGGGAGAACCACUGACUUGUUAUAAUUUCCAUUUUACAACUGAGACACCUCCCUCAGUAUGAAAUCAUGGGAUCCAGAAAGGCAAGUAAUGGUGAUGAGAGUUCUCUAUACUGUUUUCUUCAUUUUUUCUCAGCCAAACAAUUAUUUUAUGGAGGGAAAAUAAGGCCAGAAACUUCCGAGCAAAGAACUCCACAAAUGGAAAUUGAGUUCUUUCUUCCUGUUGCCAGUUCUUCUGGGAAGCCCGAAUUUCAGAUUUAUAGUAAUUCAUUCCCAGCUCCCCAGGAAAGCCAGUCUCAUCUAAUUUCUUAAUCAGUGAAAACAAUUCCCCAUUCCUUGAGGCUAUGAAGGGACCAGCCAGGGACAUUUUUGACCUUGGUCUCUAGCUGGUGCUUAGGCACAAUAUCUGAUGGCCUUGGGUGGCCCGGGACUUAGGGACCUCCAUCUGGGAGACCAGUGUCCAGACAGAUCAUGAGGGGCACAGAAUUCAAGAAGGCACAGAUAUUGCCCUCAAGAGCUCACUGUAUCCUAGGGUGAUUGAAGCAUAGUGCAGUAGUGGUGGAGCAGAUUGAGUGUUCUAUGAGCCUAAGAGCAGGAAAGACUCACUCAGCCCACGGCUUCCUAGAGGAGGUAACAGCCAUUCCAGCUGGGUCUUGAGGGGUAGAAAAAGGAAUAAAAGGAAAUUCAGGCCAAGGGAUCAGUAUGUGCAAUGGCAAAGAGAUGUGAAAUGGCAUUGGGAGGGACGUAUGGGGGCAGGCCAACCCAGUGGGGACACAGCACAACAAGGGGAGUGAGCCAGGGUCCAGAAGACAGAUGAUCACUAAGGGUGCAGACUCCAUAGGCAACAAGGAGUCAGCAGGGCUUCAGAGUGAUGUGCUCCACCCAAUGUGUUGGAAAAGACUCCCUCUGGGCCAGCGAGGCAGCCUCUUUUCCUUUCAUCAGACACUGUGAAAACAUUCCCACAAGCGCGUCCUUUUUAAUAUCACAUCUAUUUGUAUGUCUGCUCGUUGUUUUGUUGCUGGAACAAAAUAUGCAGUGGAUCAGGAGACUCAGCUCCUGUGAGAAGCCCAGGGUCUCUGCUUUACCACAGAGCAGGGUCACCAACCCAGAUCUCCAGGCACAUGAGGAUGGGGCAUGAAAGGAGCCCAGGGAAACUGCUUCCAUUGGCAUGGGCUCUGGAGCUGUCUAGAAGUCCAGGGACACCAGACUUGAUCAAGGAAGGGCUGUCACUUUGGAGGUUCAAAAGGAAGUGUCUCAAAGCAAAGGCAGGCAAAGGAACCCCAUGAUGAGCUCACUCUUCUCCUUUGAUGAGCCUCUCCCCAGGUGUAUUUGAGCAACCCCCAAACCCCAGUCCCCACUGGGCCUGCUGGCUUCCCCUAGCUCCAGCCCACUGCCCCAGAUGGCCUUUGCUAGUCUGCAAGGAGUCUAUAGCAUGGCAAAUCAGCCCUCUGGAUGCUAUUUUCUCAGAUCUUGGUUUAUCCAGACAGGAUGAGGGUGGAGGGAGAGCUAUUUAACACAAAUCCCAGGAUUUAUUCUGCUCAGGAAGGGGUGAAAUAGCUGGCAGAUCAAAAUAACAGUGGCUUCUAGCAUUUCAAAUGGUAGGAAUUUAAAGUGUGGCUUCAGGGAGAGAAAAACUU